AUGUCCGACGCACGGACAGCACAGCAUGUCGGUCGGCAUGAUUUGUCAGCGGGCGCCGGCGCUUGCGGCAGAGCAACGGCGGAAGGGACCUCAUUUCCACGAGAAUGUCCUGGCGACGACGACCGGCGGGUUACUGACUUCCGCGACAAGUUCACGACAUCGCCGGAGUCAGAAGCUGAAGGCGACGACACUCCGGCGGUAGUCACACUCGAUCGGGACAGCUGCUGCUUCCGUACCAACGCCGCGCGGACCGCGCAGCAGCAUUCAAUGGCGUCGCCUCUGCUGCGCCAGACGUCGCUCACGACGUACUUGCCGUCGACGGCGGCAGCGAUUGCGGGGUCAGGCGGGUUCCAGGCCGAGGCCGCAAGCACGAUGCGGCACGGCGCGCACGCUGCGGCUUCUCUGUCGCGCUUCCCCGGGCCCAAAAUGGCGGGCUUCUUCGACUCCCUCGGUUCGCGCUCCGUCUCGGCGGCCGGCGCGCCCGAUGACUGUGUGCGGCCGGCUCCACCGCUGCUGGAGGUACCCGCGGAAUUUCUUGACACGUCAGCAGGCCUUACUGGCACAAGCGACUCGGAGUUGCUGCGCCAUGGCGAGGUGCGCUUCGACGCGUGGAUGAACCACCCUGCGGCUGCUGACGUGCCAACGCCGCGCUUGCCGCGUCGCCGUCAAGGUUACCCCGCCGCCGAAGGAGGCCGCGGAACAGCGGCCAUGGCCGCGCAAACGGAGCGGCGCGGAGGCGACGCCAGCGGAAGUGGCGCUACAACUAGUGGCUCCUCGGGCGGCAUUCCUGCUCCAAACCAGCCAGUUAGUUCUAGCCUUGCUCCAACGGAUCGCUCAGUCUCUGUUUGCAACUGUAAGUCGCAAGAUGCCGUCGGAUUAGUUACCGCUUCUGAAAAAGACCAGCGGUGCCCUUCGGGAGGCAGCGAAGAGGAAGGAUAUUUCGAACGCGGAGCAGCCGCUGCGGCGGCCUCGGGUGCGCGACCCGGGUUUGUGCGGCAGCGCGCCACGUCAGCAUGCCUCGACCUCUCAUCGUCUACUAUCAGUGGUGGCAGCGGCGACGGCAGAGGCGAGGAUUUUCGUGAGACGACGCGCGGCGGUCGCGCUGGGAGAGCGGGGAGCUCGCUGUUCGAGGAGUGGACGGAUCUGGGCGGCAGGCCGCCGUGGGUGACAGGCGACAGCGCGAAUACGCCGCCUGGCAAGGACGCAUCGGCCAAGGCGACGGAGACUCGCCGUCCGAUCUUCCACCAGAAGACACCGUCGGGCCGCAUCCUGCAGGAGUUGUUCGAUCUAGAGAACGGCCCCCUGGACCUCGAGUUCCUAGUCAGUCUGCGCACGCCCAGCCGCCGCCAUUACGACUCGCCCGCUCACUCCUCGUCCGCGCGCUCCUCGCCUUACGCCCGCCGCACGCCGGCCACCACGCCCCCUCGCCCCCCCUCGUCCCUCACUCCCUCUUCUCCUGCGCCUGCUCCUACUGCCCCAACUGCCGCUGCUGCCUCAGACAGCCCGGCUCUGUCAGAUUCUGCCUCCGCGUCCGCCGCACUCGGUUCAGAAGCUACUGAAUCUGCUAUUUCCAGCGCCGCUUCUUCAGAAUCUCUUGCUGCUCAAGAUCCGGCUCUUUAUUCCGCAAAUCCAGUUGCUCCAGCUGCCGCUCUUGACGAUUGCAGUGUUGACGAGGAGGACGAGGCAGCAGCAGCGGCGGCGUCAGCAUGGGCGGCGAUGGAGCUGGUGGAUGGGUCGGUGUCGCCGGCUGCUUCUGUGUCGCGUGGCUGGAUCGCCUCUGCUGCGCGCUCGCGCUUCAUCUCUCGCAUCGCUAGCAGCUUCAACUACUCCUCUCUGCAUGGCCGCCGCGGCCUCUUUGGCUUGCGUGCCAAGAGCAGCAGCGGCAACAGCAGCAGCAGCAGCUUCACCACUGGCGGGAAUGGGAACAGCAUGACAACAAUAGGUACGGUUGUGACGGCUUCUGCUGCUGCUGCUGCUGCCGCUGGUGCUGCUGCUGCUGGUUCUAGCAGUGCGGCUGGCAGUGGCAAGUCCGGCAGCAAGGUGGGAGGCGGCACUCGGUCGCUGAUUCGCCGGGGAACCAUGCCCGUGAUAAGGCACGAACACAUGGCAACAGCUCUGGAUGGCAGCUUAGACCACUUCGCUGCUGCUGCUGCUGCUUCUGGUGAGGCGUCUGCUGCUGUUCAUGCCAGUGUCUCAGAUGGUGAUGCCAGGCAUGCUUUCCACCUGCCAGGCACUGCCCAACCACUCCCGCACUCCGCUGCUGCUGCUGCUGCCGCUGCUCCUGAUGCUGUGGCUGGUGGGCAGAGUGGGGCCGGCAGUAGAGGCUGCUCUCGCAGCAUGUCAGUAGGAGCAGCCAACAGCAGCAGCAGUGGAAGCAAUGGCAGCAGCGCGGGAAUGGUACACAGCAGCAGCACUGGUGGCGGAGGCGUGGCCCCGGCAACAAGCAUGGUCGCACCUGGAGGCCCGGAGCCGAGCCUGCAUGAUGCUGCGUGGCGAUUGCUGCUGCUGCAGCAGCAGAAGAUUGCGAUGAUGGAAGAGGAGAUUAUGCAGCUCCGGCAGCGCUGCCGGGCCGCAGGACUAGGCUCGGAUAAAAGCAGGAGCGGAGGAGUUGCGGUGACUGCUUCGGGCUCAUCCAAGGGUGAUGGUUUUCUGCUGGAGGGUCAGGGUGGGGAAGGGGCUUCAGGAGGAGUGGCGUAUUGCAGGCUUGGCCAGUAUUCGGUGAUCAAUGUGCGCAGGGGCCUGAGAGAGGGAGCGCAGACAAAGGGGGAGAGCAACUCGUGUCUUAACCUUCCACUGCUGGAGACAGGCAGUGAUGCCACGGACGGCUUGGGAGGGAAUGAGAGUUUGAGUGUGCACAUCCUGUCCCCCACCUCUUCUCAUUCCACGUUGAGUUGGACAAGCCAUGCCGGCCGCCCCGAUUCAUCCGGGGAUAGUAUAUUUUCGCCUAGAUUUUCCCCACGGCCUGCUGUUGCAGCCAUGGGUGCUGCUGCGGCGGCUGCUGCUGCUGCUGCCGGGAAGGCUCUUGUGUCGAGUCCCUCGGCUGGCGGUAUUCGCCAUGGCUUCAGAGCUUUCUAG